UCUCGUAGUGAGCUAGCGCGAGGCUCAGGCUGUGUACUCGGCUAUUAAAUCCUAAACGAGCCGACGUGGGAUCGUGUGACUGACUGCGCUCAAACAAGCAAAACAGGAGCUGGUGGAAGAUUUUCUGGUGGUGCAAGAGAACAUCCACCAUUUUUCAGGAUGGCCAAGGGUGACGCUCGUAAGCCAAAGGGCAAGAUGUCUGCCUAUGCCUACUUUGUUCAAACCUGCCGAGAAGAACACAAAAAGAAGAAUCCAGAGAUCCCAGUGAACUUUUCAGAGUUUUCCAAGAAGUGCUCUGGAAGAUGGAAGACAAUGUCUCCAAAGGAGAAGUCAAAGUUUGUGGACCAGGCCAAGCAGGACAAAACUCGCUAUGAUUCGGAAAUGAUGAGCUAUGGUCCUUCUGGAAAGAGGGGCAAGAAGGCAAAGAAGGAUCCUAAUGCUCCAAAGAGACCUCCAUCAGGGUUCUUUGUUUUCUGUGCUGAGCAGCGCCCCAAUAUUAAAGCCCAGCACCCAACCUUUGGCAUUGGGGAUGUGGCAAAGAAGCUUGGAGAGAUGUGGAACAAUUUGACAGACUCCAAUAAGCAGCCAUAUCUUGCCAAAGCCAACAAACUCAAGGAAAAAUACAAUAAGGAUGUGGCAGAUUACAAAGGAGGAAAGGGAAAACUGGGCGGGGCAGGAGCCUCUAAAUCGAAGAAGGCUGAAGAUGACGAUGAUGAGGAAGAUGAUGAUGAAGAUGAUGAUGAGGAUGAGGAGGAUGACUAAUAGAAAAUUGUAUUGUGGUUGGUUAAGACACUGGCCAUUAGAUGUGAGCACACCUAUCUAUAGGUUUCACCUAGUUCAACUAUCCCAGAAGAAAACAUCAAAUUGGUUUUGAAACCGUUUUCUCACUGUAGUUUCUUUCUGGCUGUCAUUUGGUUCUUUGACACCUUGCUCUCCAGUGUUUUUCCUGAUCCCUUUGCUUUUUUCAGUUGAACAAACCUAUUCACAGUGAUCGCAUAAGGGUUCAUACCCUAUAAAAUACUGUGUGUGUUACUCUAUGGCUAUUGAAAUAGAUUUAGAUUUUAUUUUUCUAUUUUACAGGGAUCCACAUUUCAUGGAAUUGCAAGUUUGCAUUUGAGGGAAUUGUAUGGGUAGACACACAAUCCAUAGACUUGAGGUAGAUGUCCAGUCUGACAACCAGGUAUUCAUGUAACAUUGCCAUGGCUUAUUAUUCCAACUACCUGUGCGUUUGAGGCAGGACUGAUCCAUUUCACUGUUUUAUGGCUGAAAGGAAUUAUGAUGAAAUGGGUCCUAUAUUUGUUUUUGUUAAUUUGGAUAAGUGGAAUGACAUUUUAGAUGUUAACAUUUGUCCACCUCUUGACCAAUGUUGACGCUACAUCUUUUGGACAAGGUGGGGAUUUUUCUUAGCACCUGCGCAAUUUGUUUUGUAUGUUUAGGAUGCCUUUGAUUUAAAAAUAAAUAAUUAGAUUUUUA